AUGGCAGUUUCUGCAGCCUCGUCUUCGUCCAGCGCGUCCCUCCUCGACUGGUUUAAACCUCUGCGAAGCGAAGCGAUUGCACGGUUGCGGACGAACACUGUAGGCCUAGUUGGCCUUGUGAUACUAUCCAAUCUUCUCCCCGUACCGUCGCCUUGGAGAGCGUUCGAUGUGGUGUGGCAGCGGAGACCGACAAGCGCGCCAUAUUACUACCUUUGUGCUGCAGAAAUUGCGCUCCUUGCAGUGUUGCUAUUCAACGUUGUGCAAGCUUCGUAUGCAUUAAAAUACCCCCGCGUACCGCCGCCACCCCCUCCCUCACCAGCAAGAAAGGCGAAGGACACGCCCCUCUCCCCUGCGCGUCAGUGGCGUCUCUCCAGCAGCACCACCCCGAAUUCCAGUCCACAAAGGCAGAAGGCCUUCUCGUCGUACGCGCCAUCGCCCGUCUCGACACCUUCGCGCAUAGUCAACUACACCAUUCCCGGUUCGGUAGCCUCGCCUCCAGACGCGUCGUUCGCGUCGUCGAUGUCGGUUCCUGGGUCUCCCGCGUCGCCACUAGCUGCAUAUCGUGGACGGCACAGUGCUUCCGUAGGACGUGCAUUCGACGGGUCUUUGCUCAGCCGGCUGGCGAAGGAUGAUGACGAGGACGAGGACUAUGCAUAA